AUGGACGGCUCCGGAUUCACCGAUGCUUCCGGCCUUUAUGGUGGUCAGUGGAUGCAUAGCGAGCACCCUCACGCUAAAGACAUGUCUGCUCCGCAAAUCUCCCCCGAGGACAUGAUCCUGCAAGCGGCGACGCACAUGCAAACUGCCAACCAUGAGUUCGCUAUGAGCGGCCCAAUGGCUGCGCACAUGCAUCAGAUGGCAUACCAGCACCAACACCCCCACGGAAUCCCUAGGCAUCCUCUCCCUGGCGACCAGUUCGGGCCCAAUGCCAGCUUCACUGAAGGCGACACCCAUAUGCUCGAUCGAGACGAUGCAGACGACGCCGACCCCAUGGCUUUGGCUGCUGGCGUCCCCAAGCCUACACGAUCGAGCGCUAAUAACGAAGUUGAGAUGCGACAGCUCUUCAACGCCAACAAACACCGUGGCCUGCAAGACGUCGCUACGGAGCUUCAUGGGAAUGAGCGCGGCCCAAACUCGGAAAGGACCCGCCAAGUCUUCGCCAUGCUUUGGAUUAACUCCGUCUGCACUAAGGGCAAGGGAUCCGUUCCCCGUGGCCGAGUGUAUGCAAACUAUGCUUCACGCUGCGCUACUGAGAGAAUAACCGUCCUGAACCCGGCCAGCUUCGGAAAGCUCGUCCGUGUUCUGUUCCCGGGACUCAAGACUCGCCGUUUGGGCGUUCGCGGAGAAUCCAAAUACCACUAUGUCAACUUUGCCCUUGCCGAGGACCAGACCGACCUGGUGGAAGCUCCGCAGCCUCCUCGCGCUCUUUCUGAAGCGAAGAGCUUCUCUCAGGGCCAGAAUACGCCGCCACUGCCUUCCAACAGUUCGAAACGUGGGGAGUCCUUUUCACAGCCUGCAGAUGAGCUACGAAAGAAGCAGAACAUCACACAGGCUGCCGAUCGAUCGCACAGUUUGUACAACCAGCCUGAUCUUGCGAGCAUUGAUAAUAUCCAAUCUACCUCUACCAAGACCCGCCUGGAACUCGAGUUCCCUCCCCUGAACCAGGACGACUUCGAACAAUCUGAGCCCCUUGGCCUUCCUGCCAUCGAGGCUUUUCUCCCUCAGGGAACUGACCCCGACGCGGCCAAGUCCUUGUCUGCACUGUACCGGUCUCACUGCACAUCCCUUGUCGAGUGUAUUCGAUACUGCAGAGAAAAGACCUUCUUUCACCUCUAUACAUCCUUCCAGGGCACUCUUACCAUGCCUGUACAAAAAUUAUUUGGCCACGAGGCGCUUGCCUCUUGGAUUGAGGGUUGCGAUUAUGUUUUGUAUCAGCGCAUGAUGCGCAUCAUCUCUGGCUUGACCUUGCAGGUCGUUCCCAAGCCAGUUCUCGACACACUGCGUAACAUCUCGGAACGAAUCGUGCCACAUAUCCGCGAGUCUUUCCAGGGCCAACCGCAACAUGUAAUUGCCGCGAAAGAGGCACCUGCCGCCCUUUUCGCCGGUCUCAUUGACCGCGCUCUCCGAGUCAACUUGACGGCUCACGCUGCCGCCAAUAUGCUUUCAAACCCUGCAAACCGCGACCAGAUGUAUGUGGACUGGAUUACCAUGAUCCGAGCCCGCAAGGUGGCCGAGUGCGUACCCACGCGUGGCAUGGACGAUGUUGUCGACGUGCUCAUCAACGAAAUGCGCGAUCUUUUGGACCCUGUCAACGUUCCUUGGGAAGUCGAAGUUCUUACCAUUUACGGCGACGCGGCCAGUCGCAACCCCCGUCAAGAAAGCGAGGGUGGAGCUGCGUCUACUGGCCAGAACGUGUUGGAUAGAUGGGUCAACUUCUUGCGAUUACUUCCAUCCAAGUUUCCUUACGCAUCACACGCCGAUAUUGUGUGGUGCGUAGAGCGUGUCGGCACUGCCGUGAUGCGCGACUUGACGCUAUCCCAGGGCAAGAGCUUCGGGUCAUGGUGGGUAACAAAAACAUGGGUUGAUGAAAUGGUCUGCUUCAUUGCGGAGCAAGGAGGCUUCAUGAAGCAAAAGGCUUCCCCUAGCGUUCGUGCUACCCCAAACGCUGAGGCAGCUGGCAAGGAGGCCAGCUGCCAGAACUCUCGAUACAACAAUGCCAGCGAGGAGUUGAACCUGUCGCAAUCGCAACCUGGGCGUGCACCAUUCCCGCCGCCUGCAAGCAACAACAGCCACACUGGCAAGACCAAUAACGCUUCUUCCCAGCCGCCGGUGGACAACGACGUGCAUGAUGAUAGCGGGAUUGGCAUCCGCACACCAGAGGAGGAUUUCCCUAUGCACAAAUACACCUAUGCCGAGGCUGAAGCGCCGGCUCUGAUGGGAGCUGGUGAACUUACAGCAUGA